GGCGUCGCUUUUAGUGAACGCUGCUGUACUUCUGACCAAUGAGAGGGCGCCAUUCCAAAAACGAACUACAAGGGCAAAAUGGCGGACGAAGGUUUGGCAAAGAAAGACAGGAUCUGCCAAUUCUUUGCCUCAAAUGCCGGUCUCCAUUUUCGAUCUAUCGACGUGGCAACCGCCUUGGGACUCGACACACGGAGCGUAGGGCAGCAGCUAGCGAGAUUAUGGCGAUCAGGUUUCGUGGAAAAGGUUCAGACUGGCCCCUUCACCACGUGGCGUAUGAAGUUCCAGACAUACCCAGGGAGGAACCUCCAUGGGCCAGCUGCACCUAAACCUGCCUGUCUGACACAGCACACACCCGCCAAGAAGUCUACAUGGGGAUCCAGAACACACGAGGAAGGAAGAAAUGACAGUGGACACUGUGCCAUGGGGUCAUCUGUGGUCCUUGAAUCGACAGAAGGAGGGAAUCAGGAGGGAGAAGAAGAGGAAGAUGAAACAGAAGACCAGGGAAUCUCUUUAGGAGAAGCACACAGUGUUCAGAUACCAGAGUACCACAGUUCUUCCUCAAAACCUCUGGCUGCAACAAGAGAUGGACCAACAUCCACCCAGAACAUCUCAAGCCAGUGUAAGGCUGCUGAAAAUCCGCCAAUAAAGAAAACAGUAGGAAGACCACCUGGUAACAAGAACAAAAUGUCAACAAGUUGUCGUGUUGGACAAAAGGGGUCCAAAACUGGGAAGACAUCCUCAAAUUCUGGGUCUUGCAAGACAACAACAACUGCUGCAGUGAAGAGGAGGGUUGGUCCUGAGUCAUUCAGGAAUGCAGACCAAGGAUCCAGACUGAAAGGGAAGAAGAAAACCUCACAAAGUAGAAAAGACUGUAGCAGCAGAAGUGACACAGAUUCUGAGUCCACCCCCCUGAAAAUUGUCCCAACUGGACUGAAAAGAAAAGCUGGAGCAACGAACACAGUCCAAGGACUGAAGAAGAAAGUGAAGAAAACAAAGACACAAACCACAAAAAGAGAAGACUGCAGAGGUAGAAGUACUACAGAUUCUGGUCUUUCAUCCCAAGUACAGAAAAGGACACAGCUAGUGCCUGCCUCAGUGUCUUACCAGAAAACUGCUGCAUCCACAGCGAAAAAGAAGACAGGCCAAGAACAGAAGAGAAAAAUAAAGAAAACAACACCACCAAACAAAGAAGGCUACUGUAGCAGUACAUGUUCUACAAGUUGGAAAGACCCUGUACAGCACAACCCCACACUCAUGCCCACCACCCUUGCCCCUUCACUUAACAGACCCUCUGGAAACAUGGAAACCAAACUGAUGAACUUCAUAUGUGAAGCACAGGGCAUGUUGGUCAUGACUGGGGACGACGUUGCAAAGGCCCUGGGUUCAAAGCCCAAGGAGACACACCGGCUGUUACUGCACAUGCAGCGCACUGGGCGAGUGAGGAAGGUUUGCGACAAACCCACCAGGUGGAUGAUGUUAGGACAGGGGAAAGGUGGACCUGCUAGGAAGAGACAGACAGAAGCAGUCACAACUACAACUACACAGCAGAAAGAACGGCCUUCUCUCACAACUGCACAGCAAAAAGAACCACCUCAAACUAAGCAUCAAGAACUGUCUACCCAGGCCUACAGGAGUCUUUUCAUUGAUGGCUCACCCACUAGGAGAAGGCAGGAAAAAGCAACCACAACUACCCAGCAGAAAGAACCAACUAAGCAUCAAGUUCCAUCUACUCAGACCUACAGGAGUCUUUCUACUGAUGGGUCAACAGAAGAAGGAACUUCAAAGACAAGCUCCAGUACCAGAAAUCUGUCAGAAUGUGGCCAGGUUUAUGGUAUGAGAUUUGAAACACAGACAUCACUUUGUGAAGAAGAGGAAGAAGGUUCUGGAGAAAUAGUGUCCACAUCCACUCAAGUGCCUGCACAGUUCAGAACGUGUCUUGCCACAGCAGAAGAUGAGGAAGAAGAUGUUAGCUGUGUUUCCCAAGAGCAGGACAGUGGCUUUCUUGAAGACGCCACCUUCUAUACAGAAAGAAAGAAGCCUUCACCAACAGUUCAACAAGCCUCGUCUUUGCCAAGUAAAAAGCAGAGCAGAAAAAGCAACCAGAAGUCACAGGGAGAAGAUAUCAGCUGUGUUUUCCAAGAGCAAGACAGUGGCUUUCUUGAAGACGUCACCUUCUAUGCAGAAAGAAAGAAAUCUUCACCAACUGCUUUAUCUUUGUCAAGUAAAAAGCAGAGCAAGACAAGCAACCAGACCUCACAGGUUAUCACUACUACAAGGAGGUGUCUCAGCCCUUGUGGAAAGUAUGUUAAGAAGACACCAGUAAAGAAACAAGUCCUAACAGACAAACGGUCUGUUAGGAUGUCUACAGAAAAUGGCAGUUCCUACACAAAACCUACUGCAGCAAAAUCCACAUCCUUGGGAAAUUUGCAAAGCCAAAACAGCAACUAUAAUGCUAUAAGCAGUACCAGUUGUGAAGCAAAGAAAGUAGAACUUUCAAACUUCAGAAUACCUAAGAAGAACUCACUUUCUGGCAAACACCUAGGAAAAAGUCAGUUCACUGUUGGCCAGAAGUCUGGAGAUUUGUGUGGAGGAAAAAGGAUGAGUGUUGCACCUUCAAAGCUUGACAACAACUUACUUGAUUCAAGCAAAGACUGCACUGGCAAAAACACACAGAAAGACAUCAGUACUAUCAAGACACCUCCACACAUCCUCAAACACUCAGCCAGCUACUUUGCCAGUACAACAAAGGAACCUAACACCAAACCUAAACUUCCCAGACCUUCCACAACAACCAAAGACAUCCCCAAACUACAGAACCAAACAGAGACAUCUUUUGUGAGGACAAAGGACAAUGGUGUGUCGAUGAGGGAACCUUUGGCAGACAUAGAUGUGAUGGUAGAUGUCACAGUUGACAAGUCAGCACAGAUUCAGAACCAGUUACACUCUUGUGGCACAUGUGGUAGCAACAAAGAUCCUCAACACACCCCACUCUCAGUUUUAAGGAGGAAUUCCAUAAAAACAUCCCCCUCUGGUCCUCCUAAACUCUAUCCACAUAGAGCAACAGAAUCUAUCAGUAAGCAGUGCAUGGUUGGGACAUUGGGAAGCCGUGAUAACCCACCAAUACUUGUUCCUAUAGAGGAAGAACUGAGAAGUAUUGGCACGGAAAGUCCAAGCUCUUUAAGAGCUGCAAAGAGAAAUCUCUACCCCUGCUUUUCUUUGGAGGAGAGUUUGGAACAUCAGCAAAGAAGCACAAGUUGUACAUCAAUACAUGAACAGUCUGGGUACAAAGAGGAUGAACACACAGGUUUCAGGCGAGGACUGGUUGAGACUGUUGUUUCUGUAACUCCUGGAAGUGGAUAUUUCCCUCUAACAGACACAGAUACAAAGAGAAAACAACAACAGUUGACAGCUUGCCCUCAUGAUUGGUUGUUGAACAAAGUUAAUGACAGAAAGAUAGCAGGAAGAUGUGGUGGACAGAAAAAUGUCUCAGGACCAGAAAGCUUCUCAAGUGAGAUUGGAGGCACCAAGGAAAGCUUUUCAUCUUUCCAACACACUGGAACAGAUCCUAGGAGGACCAUUGGCAGAGGAGUGUAUGCUGAAAUACAGGACACUAGCAGGGUAACCGGGGGUGAGGUCAUAGGGCAUGCAGGUCAUGGGUCACAGCAGUUGAUGCUUUCAAACUUACACGAAGAGCAGCAUGGAAGAGGUCAUGCUUGCAGUCAGGAAGAGAGAAGAAGCAAUACAGAAGCAAAUCUCAACUGUCUGGAACCUAUGAAAGCUGUAGCAAAGGUUAGCAUUGGCAGAAUGGCCUCUUUCAUCCCUGUAGAAGAACAGCAUAGAAUGACAAAUAUUGACGACAGAGCAUACCACAUGGGUACUAACCCUAUCUACAGUCAGGGACUGAUAAGGAACAACAGACAAGCAAACCUCAACAGCCCUGAAUCUAGGAAAGCUGUAGAAAAGGUUAGGCUGGGAGAAAAGGCUUCUUUCAGCCCUACAAAACAACAUAGAAUCACAGACAUUGAUGACAGAGCACACCACAUGUGUCCUGUCCUUGGUGCUGAAGGUUUGGUGCACCAUCAACUGGGGUACCACAUAACAGGUCACACUUGUAGUGUGCACCAGAUGGACAGUUCAGGACAGGGUGGAUACAAGAGACACUUGGGAAGACAACAGAAGUCUGAGAAAGUCCACCAAGCACUGGUGACAUCACCUUUAAUCCCAGAGGGUCUGUUUAUCUCUGAGAAGAGAGAACAGAAUGAAAGUACAAGAUGGCAGAGACCAAGAUCACCCAAGAGCUUCUGGAUAGACUAUUGGUCUAAAGCAGAAUCAAAGGACACAAAAAGUGAUGAUAUGAAGGACAGGAAUGCAGAAGACAUAACAGUUUUGAAUGACAGCUACUCCAGACUGGUUGCCUAUAGCAACAAUGCAGAGAAUACAAACUGUAAAGAAGAGGAUACAAGAAGUUGUAAUGUGAAGGAGAAGAUGUUAGAAAACACCACAGUUGUGAGUGACCGCUGCUCAGGACUGGUUGCCUAUAGCCCUACCGGCACAGAGAAUACUGACAGCAACGAAGAGCCAUCUAGUGAUCUGAUGAAGAACUGUAGCCGGAGCAAGGUCUGUGCCAAGGAGUUGAAAACAGAUGAAAAGUCUCUGACUGUUUUAAAACAAGAAUGUAAAAUCUUCCGCACAACUGAAACACAAACCAGUCAAGGAUUUGCCCACACUUUACAAGUACAGAGAGACAAAAUUGCAAACUUGAGACAAGAUUCACAGAUCCAAGACUUGUUUGGUAACGUAGACGUAAAAGUCCGCCUUGAAGAAAAGGUAAGAAGCAGUGCUUUGACCAGUCUAACAGGUCCAGUACAACAGAGCACUUGGACCCAGCCAAAAGCUUUGUACUCUACAGAUGAGAAAAAACCUCAGGAGCAAGAGAAGUCAGAGGUUCAAGAACCCAGAGGUCAAGGGAAGGCAGCUGUGGUCGAGGUGAGAGGUGAUGAUGGGUCAGAGGUUCAGGAACCUAGAGGUCAAGAGCAGGCUGCUGUGGUCAAGGCCAGAGGUCAUGAUGGCUCAGAGUUUGAAUCCAGAGGGCAAGAGCCUGCUGUGGAUGGGGCCAGAAGUCAUGAUGGGUCAGAGUUUGAACCAAGAGGUCAAAGGGAGGCUGCUGGGGAUGAGGCCAGAGGUUGUGAUGGGUCAGAGGUCGGCCAGGUCAGCAAACAUCAGGUGUCAGUUGCCAUGGUAACUCCACAAGGAAGCAGACCAGUGGUGAUGGCAGCCCAGCCAAGUGGUACACCCUUACAUCCAGCUGCAGCCCAGCCCGUUCCAGUGUCCCAGCAGAGCCAUCCCAUAGUCCAGCUGAAUGAGCUGUGUCAGAGAAACCACCUGCCCAUGUGUUUCCAGGACAUCUCAGUUACUGGUCCUGCACACAGGCCCAGGGUUCAGAUAGCAGCAGUGGUUGGAGACUGUACGUUCCAGGCCGAGGCCAGCUCCAAGAAAGCGGCUCGGAGGCAGGCAGCUCGGGAUGCACUACAGGCUCUGUACCAAGAGGGGUACAAGUAG